AUGACCGUCUCCCAGGAUGAGCCUCUGAUGCGAAAUGACCACGGCCAGAAACAACUCAUUAGGGAGCCACUGAAGCUGAAGGGUCUUCUGGAUAAAUACAAGUCAUUUAACGUCACUCCCGCAAUUGGCAAGGAGUUCCCUGAUGCCAACGUGGUAGAAUGGCUGAAAGCUCCCAAUAGUGACGACCUCCUGCGCGACUUGGCUAUCACAAUAUCUCGUCGAGGUGUUGUUUUCUUCCGCGCCCAAAAUGACCUGACUGAUGAGCUUCAGAAGGAAUUGGCGCAUCGUCUCGGUGUUUUGUCGGGCAAGCCAACCGACUCGAAACUGCACAUCCACCCUUUAACCAAACACAACCUUGAUAAGGACCCGGAACUUAACGUUAUCACCACUGAUAAGGCCGCGAAUCCGGCGGAGGACCUGUGGAAAAAUAGACCCGCCGAUAUCAGAAACGCCUGGCAUACGGAUACAGGCUACGAGCCGAAUCCCGCCGACUACUCAAUUUUGAAGCUCGUCAAGCUGCCCGAGACCGGCGGAGACACAAUCUGGGGCUCUUCCUGCGAAAUCUACGACAAAAUCUCACCCGCCUACCGCAGCUUCCUCGAAGGCCUAACUGCCACCUUCUGCCAGUCGAGACUCCCAAUAGCCGCUGCUGAAAAGGGAUUUGAGCUGUAUGCAGAGCCCCGCGGGUCCCCAAACAACGUUGGCACUUUCCUCAGGGCCGUCCACCCCGUAGUGCGCACCAACCCCGUCACCGGGUGGAAGAGUUUGUUUGCCGUGGGCAAUCACGUCGAACGGAUCAACGACCUGACGCCCGACGAAAGUAGACGGCUGCACGAUUGGUUCCUUCAAAUGAUUGUGGAAGAGCAUGACAUUCAACUGCGACAUCGGUGGGAGAAUCAGUAUGAUGUCGGUCAGUAUACCCCACCAUCCGCCCAUCUCGUCACUAUCUGGGAUAAUCGUACUGUUUACCACUCGGCCAUUUUCGACUAUGCCGGAUUGGGCGCUCGUACAGGCCAUCGGGCAGUGAGCAUCGGCGAGCGACCUUACUUCGACCCGAACAGUAAAACCCGCCGCGAGGCUCUCGCUGAGGAAGGGGUGAUGUUCUAA